CAGUCGCAUCGCCGUGGCAAACCCCAUCUCGUUUUCCGUCGAUGGGAACUGGAGAGGCAUUCCAUUUCAUGUUUUAGGAUGUUCCCACCAAAACAACUUUGACAUGCCCAAGCUAGGAAGGCCCAAACAGUUUUGUAUCAACAUGAUGGAUUUUCACUCUCAAUGCCUGGUAGGAUUCAACGAACUCAGACACACCUGAUCGCGAUUGCUAUAAAAGGUACCAUCGGGGACUCCAGAUAUGGAGGAUUCUGGAAGCACCUCAUCUCAUUCAAUAAAUUUUCUUUAGUCUUUCAGCUUUCUUCGCCCACUACUCAGGCAGUAGUUAUCGUCCUACAACUUUCGUAAUCUUACUACUAUACCUCGAAUCAGCAAUCUUCUUUAUUCCUUCCAUCAUCAGCAAACAUGAAGUUCUCCACCGUCGCAGUCCUAUUCUUGAGCAGUGUCGUGACUGCACUUCCCCAGCCGUUGGCCGGCAAGGAAGCCAUCUCGGACCUCCAGGCACGAGUCGCCUCGAACAACCCCAGUGGCGACGUAGGCGGCGCUAUCCUUGUUGACAGAGACCUUGACGAUCUCGUCGCCAGAGACCUCGAAGAAGAUGACGACGAGGGCCAGGAAAUCAACACAUUGGACACGAGAGAACCAAAGCAAGGUGGAAACGGAGGUGGGGGUGGCUCAAGUCUGAUCGAGCAGCUCCAGAGCACCUUUGACCGCAACAACCCGAAUGGAACUCCCGCAGCGCCCGGUGACCCGGCCGAUCUGAAUGGCGACGGUGUUAUCAACGUUUUCGAGGCUGGGGCUCAAGCAUCCUAGGUGUUGCGGGCAAAGAGUUGGGCAUAGGAAAUAAGACACUGAGUGAGAGGGUGUGGCCUACUUUACCUUAAUCAGUUCGCUAGAAAUCUACGUCACUCUAGUAGUGAG